ACUCGCGCACCGUCUGGAAAGCUCCAGAAUUUCGAUUUCUACUAUAUAAUUUUGGGCAAGAAAGCUUCCCGAACAUAAUCUCUUCUGGUUUUACUUGGUGAAGACUUGCAAUCUUCAUUCUUGUUUCAAGUUUCGUAUCGCUGAAUUUUGGUGCAGAGUUUUUGUAUUAGUUCGUGUACCGGCAAAAAUGUUUGCGAGGUUACUCCGUGAUUUGUAUGAUGCUCCUGAAUAUCGAUACAACGUUAUGCCUGGUUUGUUGUUAGAUGAUUACCCAUCCCAGCCCCAUGUUCAUCUGAAUAUUAUUCGACCUCGUCCACAAACAAGUGUGACUUCACGCAGAUCUGAGGGUAAAAGAGAUCCCAACAAAUUCCAGGUAAUGCUAAAUGUUAAGCAUUUCCGACCUGACGAAAUUGAAGUAAAAACUGUCGACAACUGCGUUGUGAUACAUGGCAAGCACGAAGAGCAAGCAGAUGAGCAUGGAUUUGUAUCUAGAGAAUUCACUCGUCGUUAUGAACUACCAGAAGAUGUCGAACCUCAUACGGUGACAUCAUCAUUGAGUCAAGACGGCGUUUUGACAAUCCAGGCGCCUAGAAAGGUACAAGAGCCUCCACCCAAAAACGAGAGAAUUGUGCCAAUAACCAUUCAACAACCGGCAGCUGUCGAGGAAGCGCAGAAACAACAACAGCAGAUUCAAGAGCAGCAGGCUGCUCAACAAAGUGCUGAAGAACAGCAGUAACUGUUUUCAAUUUACAUUCAUUCUUGGACUGUGUAGAUUAUUCUUUUCUUUUUUCCAUAUUGUGAGCUCUUUGUGAUUUAUGUAAAUUUGUUGUGAAAAGACUUUUUUUUCAUAUGCACUUGUGUCAUCUAGUCUUUGUCAAAUGUGUGUUGUAUUAAUAAAUUAAUUGAUGGAA